AUGAUGCAAUCAAGACUUUCAGCCGUCUUGUUUUUCUUGCUGGGUUUGUCAUUUUGCCUGACAAUCCCUAUUCCCCUUGAAGAUAGCCAUGAAUUCACAGAGAAAGACCUUCAGUUUGCAGAGCGCUAUCUCAGGACUCACUAUGAUCUCCGUCCAAAUCCUGCUGGCAUGAUGAGGAAGACUGCCAACACAGUGGCAUCUAAACUUCGAGAAAUGCAAGCUUUUUUUGGCUUGGAGGUGACAGGAAAAUUAGAUGAAGAAACAUAUGAGCUGAUGCAGAAACCAAGAUGUGGUGUCCCAGACGUGGGGGAAUAUAACUUUUUUCCUAGAAAACUCAAAUGGUCAAAAACUAAUUUGACAUACAGAAUUAUAAAUUACACUGCAGAUCUGAGACGUGCUGAAGUAGACAGAGCUUUCAAAAAAGCAUUCAAAGUUUGGUCUGAUGUGACACCACUGAACUUCACACGAAUACGAAGUGGUACAGCUGAUAUCAUGAUCUCCUUUGGCACUAAAGAACAUGGUGACUUUUACCCCUUCGAUGGACCCUCUGGAUUACUGGCUCAUGCUUUUCCCCCGGGGCCAGACUAUGGAGGAGAUGCCCAUUUUGAUGAUGAUGAAGCUUGGUCAGAUGAUUCUAGAGGGUAUAACUUGUUUCUUGUUGCUGCCCAUGAAUUUGGUCAUUCACUGGGACUUGAACAUUCUAGAGACCCUGGAGCUCUGAUGUUUCCAAUUUACACAUAUACUGGAAAAACUGGUUUUGUGCUUCCUGAUGAUGAUGUGCAAGGCAUCCAGGAGCUCUAUGGUGCUGGAGACAAAGAUCCCAACCCAAAACAUCCCAAAACACCAGAGAAAUGUGAUGUAGAAUUAUCACUUGAUGCAAUAACAGAACUUCGUGGAGAAAUGCUGGUCUUCAAGGACAGGUUUUUCUGGCGACUGCACCCUCAGAUGGUUGAGGCAGAACUGGUGUUGCUUAAGUCCUUUUGGCCAGAGCUUCCAAAUAAAAUAGAUGCAGCUUAUGAAAACCCUAUCAAAGACCUUGUGUUCAUGUUUAAGGGAAAGAAAGUAUGGGCUUUGAAUGGCUAUGACAUAGUUGAAGACUUUCCUAAAAAGAUAUAUGAAAUGGGAUUCCCAAAAGAAAUGAGAAGAAUAGAUGCUGCUGUCCAUAUUAAAGACACUGGCAAGACUCUCUUUUUUACCGGAAAUAAGUACUGGAGUUAUGAUGAAGAGUCGGAGGUUAUGGAAGCAGGCUACCCCAGGCUGAUAGAAGAAGAAUUUGCAGGAAUUGGUGAUAGAGUGGAUGCAGUCUAUGAAAGAAAUGGUUAUCUCUACUUCUUCAACGGACCGCUGCAGUUUGAAUACAGCAUCUGGAGCAAAAGAAUUAUCCGUGUCAUGCAUACUAACUCCAUAUUUUGGUGCUAAUUACAUCAGAGUGCCAUACUACAGGCUGCAGAGCAGCUUGUAAUACACAGAAGUAAUUAUAUGGGCAUCUAGAUUUAUUAGAGGACAGCAAGGUUCUGUGAACAGGCACUGGUUACCUACCACUAGAUGUAUACUGUAUAUAUGGAACUGUAUAGCUGCAUGUCAGUCUGGGACUGAAUUAACUUAAUAGGAAAGAAUAAAAGAAAUUAUUAUCAUUUCAAGAGGCAUUACACCAUUUAAAGAUAGUCUAAUGUUAAAGUAAGAUGCUGGAUACAUCCUACCUGAUCAUGAGCACUAUUAAUUCCCAGUAAUCU